AUGAAUAAUUCAACUCAAGGAGACACUCCCAUGUCUCGUUUUGAUUACUGUACAUUCUCAUUUAACAUUAGUUAUUCAAUCAUUCAAACAAUGGAUGUUAACUAUCAUAAAUGAGGCUUCAAUUGGGCUCUAUCAAAUUUAAUGCCAUCUGAAGGAUUCGAUUCUGCAUUUCAGAAGAGUCAAGGAGGAUGAGGAAAAGCUGGCGAAGAAACUCUCCAUAACUAAUACGCAACAACAAAACACUAUUGGUGAGUUGAAAGAAAUUGGCAACUUGAAUAGACAAUGGGCUCCUAAAAUGCAAAGACUUCUUGAUUAAUUGUAAAAUAAUCAAAAAAAUUGAUAAAAUAUACAAUUACAAUUAUAAUAUGA